AUGAUGAUCUCGCCGCAGCAAGAAAACGCCGCCAAGCCGCCCGGAAAACCCAAGAGCCCUCUAGCAGCAAGGGUCGUCCCGGCUGCGUCUGUGCCCGCCACUAACGGCAAGACCAGAGCAAAGGCGCCACCACCCCUUGCCCGCGGCUCUGCUCCUGUUACCGCUGCUGCUGCUGCUGCCGGAGAAGGCAAGAGCCGCGCGGGGGUUUUGCCUUUUUCGGGUCGCAAUGGAGUUGUUAGCGACGGGCUCGAGGUAUUCGGGUCGGACGGGACCAAGAAACGCUUGCCGCGUGUGCUUGCAUCCAAGCCGGUGCCGGCGGAUGGCUCCAAGGGCGCCAAGAGUCCACCAAGCACUGGCGCCGCGGCUCCUUCCAGUGCUGCUGCGGUACGCUCGACCAGCCGCAGCUCGACACCGACCAACGCCAACACGAAGACAACCGCCAACGCCAACACGGGCACAACGCCGCCGGUGCCUAUAGCUGUUCAGCAGCAGCAGAGGGGGCGCGCGUCUCCCACCACGAGCUCCUCCUCUUCCGCGUCGUCCUCGCCAAGAUCGGCGGACGGCGAGGCCGCGCUCACGAUCGAAGAAGACAGCAGCACCGAUGGUAAGGCCACCAAGCGACGUCGCCGUUCCCGCGUGGCAACUCCAACGAGCGGGGACUCCGAUCACGCCGUCGAGGCGCCGCCGCCCCGCUCUCGCCGCCGCACGGACAGCGGCGGCCCCGAACACGCGGCGCCGGGAGGACCAUCCUCCCCGAAAUCAGCAGCAUCUCUCAAUGGCCGCUCUCUUCUCGUGUCCGCGGCCGCGACAACGACGCCCGCCGUCUCCGCUUCCUCCUCUAUAGCGCUCGGUGGCGGCGUCAGAAGCAGCAGCGGCAGCAGCAGCAGAGGAAACGGCGGCGGGGGAGGAGCAGGAACAUCAGGCAUGCCGCCGGCGAAGAAGCGCAGCCGACAAAGCGCUAAAGACAACAGCGGGGGCGGCGGCGGCAGCAGCAGUUCUGGGGCGAGCGGGAGUAGCGGUAACGGCAGCGGCUCGGUAGGAGGGCGCGGCGGCGGCGGGCGUGGAGGGGUUUCCGGGAGGGGAAGAGGCAGGGGCAGAGGCAGAGGGCGGGGGCGGCGAAAAGGGGCCUCGCUCUUGGAGGACUACCACGCGUCGAAGGGGCCGAGCAACAAGCCGAAGGAGAUGCGGUGGCGGACGCACCGCAUGGUGGAGGACUACACCAACGUAUGCGGGAAGAUCAUGUAUGGGCACGUGAGAACCGGGCCUUUCGGGUACAACUCGGUGGAGGGGCGGUUCCCGAUGGAGCGGCCGACGACACUGGGCAUGAUCAAGGCGGGGAUGCGGCGGCCGACAGUGAUCGAGAGGUGGAGCCCGUACGACGUUGCGCUGUUCGAGGGGGCGAUCAGCGUUCACGGGAAGGUGUUCCACAAGGUGGCGGAGGAGAUAGAGGGGAAGACGGUGGCGGAUGUGGUAGAGUUCUACUACAUGUGGAAGAAAACCAACCACUACAAGCAGUGGAAGUCCAUGUUCCGGGCUGAGCAAGCCAUCCUCCAGGCACAAGAAGAAGAUAGCAGCGAGGAGGAGGAGGAGGAGGUGGAGGAGGAGAGAGUAGUGGCGGUGGGGCGCAGCAGCAGCGGCGGUGUCCUCGUCAGCAGGGCGGGCGAACCGAAACGGCUAGACGCCGGCCGAUCCUCCGUUUGCGGUGCCUCUGGGAGCGGCACUGGGGCGGCCGGGGGACCGCACCAGCAGCACCGAGGGGCAGGCAAGAAGGGUAGCCAGCCCCAGGGCCGAGGGGGUGCAAACAGUCAGCCGCAGGGGCGGGGGGGGCAGCAGCUUCACAAGGGCGGGGGGGGCAGGGGAGGGGGUGGGCAGCCGCAGAAGGGGGGGGGACAACCGCAGAAAGGGGUCGGUGGCCAGCCGCAAAGAGGGGCGGGUGGCCAACCUCACAAGGGGGGGGGUGGCCAGCAUCAAAGGGGCGGGGGUGGCCAGCCUCAGAAGGGGGGUGGCGGCCAACCACAGAAGGGGGGAGCUGGCCAGACGCAAAAGGGCGGGGGCAGCCAACAGCGACAGGGUCGGGGAGGGGCCAGCGGAAGUAUUCCGCAAGGCCGCCCAGGGGGCGGGGGGCAGCAGGGGCGCGGCGGGGGCGGCGGGGUCGUCGUCAUCGUCGUCAUAGCACGAGUUUAG